AAUACUAAACACUUCCCAAUCGCCAUUGUUACUCUGUUUUGAGAUCUCCCUCCACGGCCGUAUCAUCAGAUCUACACUUCCACUCUGUAUAUUUCCUCUCACACUCUCCAAUUCAAUUCAGUUCUCAAACUUGUGAAUUAAAACGAAACCAUUUCUCCAAAUUUGUUCAUCUCCAGCAACAACAAAAAAAAAAAUGGCGCAGCAAAAGUUUCUUCACCAGCGUCCAAUCCAAAACCCAUUCUCUUCCUCUCCUCUUUCCAAUUCUUCAAUCUCAAAUCGACCAAUUUCUCUCCUCAGCCGCAACGGUCUCCUCAUCCUUCUCGCUCUCCUCGUUAUCCUCGGUGUAUUCUUACCCUGGGCAGGAUCUCCUUUAUUCCCGUUUCCAAACAGACUCUCUUCUUCUCAAUCCAAAUGGCGCGACUACUCCCUCCCUCAAGCCGUCAAGUUCGUAGCUAAGAACGGAACUGUGAUCGUCUGCGCCGUGAGCUAUCCUUACUUGCCUUUUCUCAACAAUUGGUUGAUUAGUGUUUCUAGACAGAAGCAUCAGGAUCAAGUUCUCGUUAUCGCUGAGGAUUACGCUACUCUCUAUAAGGUUAACGAGAAAUGGCCUGGUCACGCCGUUCUCAUCCCUCCGGCGUUAGAUUCUCAGACCGCUCAUAAAUUCGGUUCCCAGGGUUUCUUCAAUUUCACAGCUCGGAGGCCGCAACAUCUCUUGGAAAUUUUGGAGCUAGGUUACAAUGUUAUGUACAACGAUGUUGAUAUGGUCUGGUUGCAAGAUCCAUUUCAGUAUUUGGAGGGAAAGCACGAUGCGUACUUCAUGGAUGAUAUGACUGCGAUUAAGCCUUUGGAUCACUCUCAUGAUUUACCACCUCCGGGUAAAAAGGGAAGGACUUAUAUUUGUAGCUGUAUGAUUUUCUUGCGUCCUACUAAUGGGGCAAAACUUCUCAUGAAGAAAUGGAUUGAGGAGCUUCAAACCCAGCCUUGGUCCCGAGCUAAGAAAGCAAAUGAUCAGCCUGGUUUUAACUGGGCACUUAACAAAACAGCUCAUCAGGUGGAUCUCUACAUGCUAUCUCAGGCAGCUUUCCCAACAGGAGGAUUGUAUUUCAAGAACAAAACAUGGGUUAAAGAAACAAAGGGAAAACAUGUCAUAAUCCAUAAUAACUACAUAGUCGGUUUUGAGAAGAAGAUCAAACGUUUCCGUGACUUUAAUCUAUGGCUAGUCGAUGACCAUGCUUCCGAGUCUCCAUUAGGGAAAGUAGGGUAAAUCCGAAUGGCAAAAAAAAAAAGAUUGUUCGUCUCACUCUGCCUCUCUCUUUUCUUGUUGUUAUUGGAAUAUUCAGGUUGCACAAAGGAAGAAAGAUCUAGUGAGUAAAAAAAAAAAAUUGGGCAAAAAAUCUAGUGAGUAAAUUCUUUUACAUAUUUGGGGGUCUUUAAAGUUAUGUGAAGAGGUGUUCAAUACGACUUGAGUUGAAUAUGGUAAUGUAGACUGCUAGAAUUGGUAUUGGGUCUGACAAUUCAUUCAUUCAAGUCAUAUUGAAUCAGCAUUUACACCA